AUGAAACUCAUAGCCUCGGCCCUAAUACUAUUCCUCCAGUUUCUCAUCCGCGCAUCAGCACGAGCCCAAGGAGACGAGUACGCCUCAGAUCCAAACGUAAUCGAGCUCAGUGCCUCCAACUUCGACAAGGCCAUCCACAAUACAAACUACACCACCAUAGUCAAGUUCUAUGCUCCCUGGUGCGGCUACUGCCAGCAAUUGAAACCCGUAUGGCGGAAACUAAGCAAAUACAUGAACCAGGAUGCCCAGCUCGGCAUAAACGUAGCCGCGUUGAACUGCGAUAAUCCCCAAAACAAGCCGCUUUGCUCAUCGUAUCAAAUCCAAGGUUUCCCCACGCUAAUGGUGUUUAGACCGCCCAAAUUCGCCAAGGGCAAACCCACGGCAAGGGGAAAGAAGCAUGCGAGCGAAGUGUAUCAAGGUCAGCGUACGCUCAAGGCGAUUUCUAGUUUCCUCACUUCGAGACUAAAGAACUACGUGACGAAAUUGUACAAUCUUGAAGAUGACCUUGUGAAAUGGAUAUCGGAAAAUGCCAGUGAUGCGAAUUAUGCGCCCAAGGUUUUCCUCGUGGCAAAAGCGAACCUGAUCAGCCCGCUUUUGAAGACUGUAGCCAUUGACUACUUGGGCAGCGUCGACUUUGCCAUGUUUGGGAAAUUGAAUGAUUUUGAAAAGAGUGUUGAUAUAGGUGGAACAACAGUGAAGAUCCCCGCGGUGGACAAGUCGACUUUGUUCUAUUUCGAUAAAGCGGCGAAGGAGUUGGUCCAGUAUGCCGAGUCGGAGAAGUUGAACGAUAAGAAAAAGAUUAGCCAGUGGAUCACCAAGGUGUCGGGAGUCGAGCCCGUUGAAGGCCCGCUUUCUAAAAAGGGCAAGAAAUUGGAAAAGUAUAGAAGUGGGAAACGGAGCAAAAAAAACUCCGUCCAGCAUGAUGAAUUGUAG